AUGGGGGACUAUAGCUCAACUUGGAGUGACGGGGAUGACGGAUAUACGGACGAUGAUGAUUCUACUUCGGAGAAUAGUUCCAAAUCCAGGAUCUAUGAAAAUAUACCUCCUUUUGGGGAGAACCUUCCAUCAUCGGCCUCCUCAGAAAACAUGAGUGAAGUGCUAUACGGUGGUCACGAGGAGGAUGAGUAUUCAGACAUGGAGGUUGGGUUUGAUGAAUAUAGCGUGGAGGUAGGACUGCAUCACAAGGAAUCAAGCUCUGAAAAUAAGAGCGAAGUGAUAUCCGGUGCCGACAAUGGGCGUGAACAUCACGAGUCAAGCGGACCCGGAUAUUGCUUCGUAAGGCGAGAUCUGUACAACCUAUGUUGCAGGGAGAAGAGGAAGCUUAUUGCGAAGGGUGAUGCUGCCACAGCACUUGGUAUUAUGGCCGCGAGGAAGAAGAGUGAUCCUGAUUUUUUUUUUGAUUACCAAGUAGAUGAUGAAGGACGGUUGAAAAGCAUGUUCCGGUGUGAUUCUCGAUCACGGCAGGACUAUCGGGAUUUUGGCGACGUGGUGGUGUUUGAUAGCACGUACAAGAUGAACCGGUAUGCUAUGCCAUUUAUUCCUUUUGUAGGCCUGAACAAUCAUCGUAAGACUACGGUGUUUGCAUGCGCUCUCGUGUCAGACGAGACAGAAGAUACAUAUGCUUGGCUGCUUCGGACAUUCUUGACUGCAAUGUGUCAGAAGAAGCCCAAAGGUCUUAUUACUGAUGGGGACGCCGCAAUGAUAUUAGCUAUUCAGAAUGUCCUUCCAGACGUGUGGCACCGUCUAUGUACUUGGCACAUAGAGAAAAACAUGAAGAGACACCUUGGUCAUAAAUCGCUAAAGGAAUUUCGGCCAUUCUUAUACUACGCCACUUCAGAAGCCAUUUUUGAGGAAAGAUGGAGCGCGUUUCGUCGCAAGUGGGAGACAGAUAGUACCCAAGAAUGGCUCAAAAGGAUGUACAAUAAGAAGAGAAUUUGGGCUGCCACGUAUCUGACCGGUGGAUAUUUCCUUGGUAUGAAAAGCAAUCAGAGAAGUGAGAGUUUGAACUCAUGCCUUCACCUUCACCUGGAUUAUGGUAUGACCCUAGUUGACUUGAUAAUGCAUUACGAGAAUGCCAUUGUUCGCAUCCGUGAGAGCGAGGCCGAAGAUGACUGCAUCUGUUCCCAGAGUUUACCGGUGGCAGUUACUGAAUCCAAAGAGAUAGAGGUUGCUCUUGCCCAUGCCUUCAGUCCAGCCAACUUCUACAUCUUGCAGCAGGAUGUGAAGAAGCUUGGUGACCUCGAGAUUUUUGAGGAAUACGUGGGAACAGGGGGCUCUAAACAGUUUAUGGUCAAAUGGAGGAAUAGCGGCAGAUACUCGUUUAUCGUGGAGUAUAGCCCUAAUCAGCCGAAAGAGUUAAUACAGUGCAGCUGCCGAAGAAUGAAUCGUAAGGGGCUUCCAUGCAAGCAUAUCCUAUAUGUAUUGAAGCACCUGAAAUUGUCCGAAAUACCGGACUGUUGUGUUCUUCGGCGAUUCUCCAAAAUGGCAAGAAAUGGAUUGCCAGCACGGCGCAGAAGCGAUCUUUUCGCGUACGGUUACUCGGGGCCAGGGAAGCGAAAAAGAUACAACGACAUGGAAACAGUAUCGACGGAAGCUAUGGAUGCGGCAGUAGAUGAUCCAGCAAUGUAUAAUGAGUUCAUGGCAUAUAUGAAGGGCUUAGUAGCAAGAAAAUAUGCGAAAAAGAAUGGACAUGAUGGUCACACAGCCUUCGCUGAAGAAGACGCAUAUGAUUUUCAAGGCAAUGCAGUUCCGGUUGGUGAUCCCAAUAAGGUUGCCACGAGAGGAGCACCUAAGCAAAACACAAAAGCUGCACAAGAGGUAAAUCACCCCGUGACGAAAAAUGGUAGACCACUAGCGUUCGACGAGCGUAAGACCCGGAAUCAGGGGUGCACCGCCUGUGGUGGCAUCGGUCAUAACAAACGGAACAAAAAGUUGUGCAAAAAACAUCCGGAGUAUAUGGAAAAAGAAAGCAAGUAG